UUAGUAACAAGUGCGCAUCUUAAUUAUUUCUUCCCAUCGAAGCUUUGUACUGGUCUUGCUUUACUGAAAAGUGAUCCGACGCGCCUCCUUAUUAUUUUUCCUCCUCCCCGAUCGCGGAUCCGGCGAUGGCGGAUGAAGAGGCGAAGGAGGUGAACCCGGCGACGGGAUGGCCCUUCUCCCGGCGCUAUCACAAGCUCCUUCAGCGGCGGAAGAAUCUUCCCGUGUGGGCCGACCGGAGCAAGUUCCUCGACGCGCUCGCCAAGAACCAGGUCGUCAUCGUCGCCGCCCCGCCAGGAUCGGGAAAAUCCACCCAGAUUCCACAAUUUGUCAUUGAGGCAGGAUAUGCAAGAAAAGGGAAGAAGGUUGUCUGCGCUCAACCUCGCCGUCUAGUAGCAUCGGCCCUGUCCCGUCGAGUUGCUCAAGAGAUGGACGUGAAGUUGGGAGAGGAAGUGGGGUACUCGUUGCUUUUUGAAGACUGCAGUGGACCGAAGACCACUUUGAAGUACUUAACAGAUGGUGUGCUUCUAAGAGAGGCAAUGUACGAUCGAAUGCUACAAAGUUACAGAGUGGUAAUUCUAGAUGAGGUGCACUUGAGGACCCUAGCCACUGAUAUACUUCUUGCUUACUUCAAGGAUUUGUUCAAAUCAAAAUCCCGAAGCGACCUUAAACUCGUGCUCAUGAGUACUCAGAAUGAAGCGAAAAAGUUAAAAGAUUACUUCAAGGGUUCCCGAAUUGUACAACCACUUCCAUCGCUUCAUCCUCUAGAGAUUAUUCAUUCACAGGAUCCAGUGAGGGACUAUGUGGACGAAGCAGUAGAGAUUGUUUCUCAGAUUAUUGUAUCUGAACCGACCGGUGACAUAAUUGUGUUCCUUACUGGGAAGGAGGAGAUAGAGAGAUGCUGCUGGAAAAUUGAAAAGCUAAUCAUGGACUUGGAAGACAGAAUUGGACCUGUCAAGGUCAUCGCUCUCGAUUCAUUUAUGCCUGUUGAUAUGCAGAAGAAGGUCUUCAAGGCGGCUCCACCUGCAACAAAAAAACUAUCGCCGGCAAUCGAUGGUGUGAUCCAACAUCCACCAAGCCUUGUUGGAAGGAAAAUUAUAGUGUCAACGGAAAUUGCAGAAUCUUCAUUGUCAAUUGAUGGCAUUGUUUACUCCAUCGAUUGUGGGUACACGAAGAAAAAGGUUUACAAUGCAGAUCGUCAUGUCGAGUCCUUGCUGAUUUUACCAAUAUCAAAAGCAAGUGCACAAAGGAGGGCAGGAUGUGCAAGAAGGUCAGCUGGAGGAAAAUGCUUUCGACUUUAUUCCAAGAGUUUUUUGGAGAGAAAUCAGCCUGAAGAUUCCCCAGAGAUUCUCCGAGCAAACCUUGCUGGUUCUAUCCUUCAGCUUAGAAAGCUUGGAUUUCAGGAUUUACUCAAACUUGAUUUGAUGGACCCUCCUCCUGCUGAAACAGUUCUGCAAGCUGUUGAUACCUUGAAAUGCUUAGGUGCUUUGGAUGAUGAGGGUAGUGUGACCAAAUUGGGAGAGCUCAUGAGUGAGUUUCCUUUGGAUCCUCAAAUGGCAAAGAUGCUCAUUGAAAGUCCAAAGUUUUGCUGCUCUAAUGAGAUUCUUUCGAUUGCUGCUAUGCUGUCAGUAUCGAAUUGCUUCCUACGGCCCAUCGAAUGCCAGGAGGCUGCUGAUAAAGCUAAGGCAACGUUCAUGCAUAUGAAUGGCGAUCACCUUAGUCUUCUCAAUGUUUACAACGCAUACAAAUUAAACAAUGGAAAUUCUGCAUGGUGUAAAAGUAAGUUUAUCAGUCAGGCAGUGCUCAAAGCUGCUGACAAUGUCAGGAAUCAGCUCAAGUUGAUCAUGGAUAAGCUUAAUCUUACUCAGUGCAGCCCAAAUUCGAACAGCUCCAACAUUUACAACGACAUUGGAAGGGCAUUGCUAGCAGGUUAUUUCAUGCAGGUCGCGAAGCUCGAUGAUUCAGACAGCUAUGUAACAAUAAAAGGACACCAUGUAGUUGACCUCCAUCCUACAACUUGUUUGUCGUCAAGGCCAGCAUUUGUCAUUUAUCAUGACUUUGUCUUCGCAAGCAAGAAUUUCAUUCGGAUAGUCACAGAUUUUCCUCAGGAAUGGUGAGUUAUUCCAAUCAGAAAAUUAUUAGACCAUCUAACAAAAAGAAAAUAGACUCCAAGGUUUCUUUGUAAAAAAUUUUGAGGGUGAUAAUUGUAGGAUCGAAUCAUGUUAAUUUUAAAAACUUAAUUAUUGUUUAUUUCAUAAAAA